AUGAAUAGGAGAAAGAGAGAAAGAAAGGAGUAUUUGCUGCGGAAGGAAAGAGAAAGGCUUGACAAGGAAAUGGAGGAAAAGAAGCAAAGAUUGGGGAUGGCACUAGAGACAAACACAAAGAUACCACAUGAGAUUAGAAAGGAUGCAGCUGCAUUGCUGGAUGAAAUAAUUUAUGAAGGAAAGAUAGAGGAAGAAUAUAGAUAUCCAAAAGUAAUGGUUACAACAUCCAGGAACCCAAGCUCGCAAUUAUUGCACUUCUCAAAGCAGCUGUCCCUGGUGCUUGAUGGUGAAAACUUUAUUCGGGGACAACUGCGUGAAGAAGAGAUAAGUGAUGUAGCACAUAAGCAUGGCUACACAUGCGUUAUAAUUGUCCACGAAAACAGGGGGAGGCCUGCAUCGCUUGUUAUAUCCUACUUUCCAUUCGGACCUACUAUGAAAUUUACAAUAAUAGACCAUUUUAUAACAAGGAGAGCUUUUCCUCUUUCACCUAAGUCAUACUUUGUAUGCGACAACAUGGAAGGCCCAAUUGGAAAAAAGAUCAAGGAAAGGAUGGCAUUGUUAUUUCCUCAAUGUAGUGGGGCCAAAAGAAUAGUUAGUCUGGUAAAUAGAAACGAUACCAUUGCGUUCAGACAUUAUCUAAUAGAGAGGGGAGACAAAACCACUUUGAAUAAAAGUCUCGGGAUGGACCUUAAGGCCUAUGAGAUAAGAAAGGGAACAUUUGAAAUGGACGGGGAGUUUGAAUGGGCUUAUAAGCCUUACAUGAAUUCUAGGAGAACCCGGGAGGAAAUAGGAUGUACAUCCAAGAGGUAA